AUGAAUAGUAUACGUAAUAGUUAAUCAAUAUUGAAUGAUUAAAGUUAAAUAAGAACUACUUAGAAUUAUGAUGAGAUUGCUAGAAUGAAAGAAAAGAUAGCUUAGGAUGCUUAGAGAUUGGAACAAUUGAAAAGAGAAUAAAUGGAAAGAGCUGAUAGAUUAAAAACAUCGAGACCUUAAUCUCAUUUGUCAAAUUAAGUUAUAGAUGAACUACAAUAAUUGAAGAACGAUUACUAAUAGGCAGGUGGAUAGGAUUAAAAAUUUGUAAAUGAUGUAAAUAAUUUGGAAUCAUUUUAUAAAGGAGCAAUCUAAUAACCAUAGUAAUUAAACUAAUAAUAAUAAUAAUAACCAUAAUUAUAAUAACCUAUUUAAUUUUAAUAGUAAUAACAGCCAGUGUAAAUGUUUUAAUAAUAACCUAUGUUUAUUAAUCUCUAAUAAUAAGAGAUUUAAUCAAAUAAACCAAAGAAGAAAGAUUUCAAUGAUCCAUUUUAAUAAUUUUCAAGAAAGAAGGAGUUUUUCUUAUAAAAUAAUGUGAGAGGAUUUGAUUUAACAAGAGAAGAAUAAAUAUUGAUGAAUUUAUAAGCAUAAGAAGUAGACUCUUUGAGAAUGAUUUCUAGAAUUCCCAUAGGAACUGAAAUUUAUAGAUUUAAGUUGGAAUAAUAUAAAGAAUUGUCAACUAUGAGAGCAGAAAUGGAAAAGAUUAUUUAAGUGCAACGAUUAUAAAGAGUAAGAAGGAAUUUUGAGAAGAAAAGAAGACAAAAAGAUAAAGAAUUUGAGAUUAAUAAAUGGGUUGAUGAUUAAAGAAAAUUUAUUAUAGAAAAUAGAUUAAGGAAUGAUUUUGGAGAAGUGAGAAAGGAAGGUCACUUAUAUGAUCCAGCUGAAGAGUUAGUAAUCCAUUGGGAUUACCAAGGAAAACAAAACUUGCUUAAUUUGUUUUUGCAGUUUUUAACAAUAUGCAAAUAUUAAAUUAACCAAAGUUUAUAGAACCAUAUGAUUGUGAGAUAGAAGGAGAGAACUAAUCAAUUACACGAAAUACCUGCUCAUCCAGAAGUAUUAUUGAUAGAGGAAGUGCAAUUACCUGUCAGUAAGAAAUUGGAGGAGAAUACUGGUAAAACUCAAUCAUAUGGAUGGACAUAAAUUGAUUUAUUUGAUUAAUAAAGACAACUGAAAAGAGGCAAUUCAAAUGCUUCUAUUACAUAGAAUAUUGCAAAAUUAGAACCCAUUCCAAAUGCUUUGUUCCAUAUGAGAAUUACUUAUCCAAAUGAUGAAGAUUUAAGAUAAGUCAGAUCAAUUUAUCCUGAAUAAACUGCCAUGGAAUACAAUAUUCCAUAUAUUCAUUUGAGAAGCUUACUUGAUAGAAAUUAUGAAGCUGCCAUUGAAGGCAAGGAAUAAAACAAUAAAGAUAAUGGGGAAUUGAGUUUAAAUGGCUAAAAUUACAAAGUGACUGAAGAAGUAGCAGUGUUUGGAAACAAAAGAAAUCCCACUCCAUAAACUAAAUAAUAUGUCUUAAGAGGAGACACAAAGAAAGGGUAUCGAAUAUAGAUACAUCACAUUCAGAAUAAAAUAGCCAAUAAUUUUAUGAGAGUCAUAUGUGCAGCAUUAACUGAUUAACAUUUGAUGUUGGAUCCAAGUGGAUAACCACUAGCAUUUAACACUACUAUUCACGAUGCUAGUAGUCCUAAUUCAGGUUAAAGUGUAGAAUCUAAUCCAUUUCCACUUAUUGAGGCUGAUCUUUAAAUGAAAGGAAUCAGUAACAAAGCUGCCGGAUCAAUUUUGAUUGAAUUCAACGAAGAAUAUAGAUUUUUUUACAAUUUUCAAAAGUAAGCCAUGAGUUCUGGAAAAACUAUUUAUCUUGGAUUUUAAGUGGUCGAAAAGAAUGCCUCCAAAGGUAGAGCCAAUACUACUAUGACUAUGGGAGAUUAUGAAGUCAUUGGUUGGUCGUAUAUAAUAUUUGUAAAACAAGAUGGAAGUGUGAGAACUGGGAGAAGUACUUUAAAUUUAUUUGAACCACCUUUGAAGAGACCUCCAUUAGAUGAGUCAAAUGAAUGGUAUUAAUCUAUCUUAGUUAACACAAUCUUAAAUUAAAUUGGACUAUUCUUUGUAUGGCUUUGA